CCUCAGGAGGGAGCGGACCUCGUGUGGGAUGUUUUUCUAGAAAUUCUUAAAGGAGCAGUCCCGGCCCUGACCGAGAUUCAGGAGGUCAUAUGACGUGCUCUGUUAGUCACAUGACCAUCUGCAGAUUUGUACACUUUGUAGUCCACUUUUCCACACAGCCAUCAGCAUCUUGAUUAGACAAUAGUAAGUAUAAUUGACAUUGAGGUACAUGAGGUACAUUACUUCCUCAAAAGUUAUUAUGACUCUUUAGAAUGACAAAUAAGCCUUAAAUUAAUGUCUAGAAAUGCUUUGAUAAAGUAAUACUUUAUGACUGAUUUGAAUGGUUCCAUUUAAAACUGUUUUGAGUCAUUGCCUCCCCCUGCUGGUCAAACCUGAUCAUCACAGCUGUCAGUCACUAAUCUUAUUGGAAGCAGGGCGGGACUAAACCCGCUGGCCAAUAGGAGAAAGCUGAGUGGUAGCGUUACCAUGGAAACAGCAAACUAGCCGAGUAGCGGUCGUAGUAAGCAACAGCUAAACUAACAACAGGCUAACGGCUAACCGACGAGCUAAUGAAUUUACCCCAGCAAUAUUUCGAAAGAAGUUGAAUGUUAAAAUGUCGCCAUCGAGCGCUGAACUUUGAACGAGCAGCCAGAAGUCCUCACCGAAGCCCGCUGGCGGUUUUAGUUAGCCUGCUAGCGUCGCGUUAGCGGCUCCGGGCUAACGCUAAGCAGGAUGCGAUGACCGUCUCUGCUAUUCGCGGGCUCGGUCGGUCCCCAUCGUCGGUAAACCGUUUGCUGGUUCCGCUACCGGGAUGGACGUGAGCUAAGGUUUGUCCCGGCCGCUGCUUCUCCGGACCGGAGCCCGUGAGUUGCCUUUCCGCUCAGCCAUAGACCCGGACCCGGUAGGGCCCUACAGGACCCUGCAAACCCGGCAUGAGAUGCUGUAGACCGGACGGCUGAUUGACAAGCUGAGCCCCGCACACGUAUGUUGAAAGGAUGGACGCCUGCAGCACCAACCCCAACCGCACGGCACCCGUGGCUGAGGACGGUCCGCAGCCAUCCGACGUGCGUCUGUGCUCUCGGACCAACGGCUGGAGCUGGCCGCCUCAUCCCUUCCAGAUGCUGGCUUGGCUGCUGUACGCCUUCUUCGCCAUCAUGGGCCUGGGCAUCUUUGUGCCGCUGCUGCCCGCCCACUGGACCCCGGCGGGCUACAUUUGCACCAGCAUCAUGUUUGUUUGCCACUUGUGUGCGCACGUUAUGGCCGUGUCCAUCGACCCGGCCGACUGCAACGUCAGAGCCAAGAGCCGCAAAGGUCCGGUUCCCGCCUUUGACCGCUCCAAACACGCCCACGUCAUCGAGAACUGCCACUGCUACCUGUGCCAGGUGGACGUAGGGCCAAAGUCAAAGCACUGCAGUGCGUGCAACAAGUGCGUGGCCAACUUUGACCAUCACUGCCGCUGGCUCAACAACUGUGUGGGAAGCAGGAACUACAAGUUAUUCCUACACAGUGUGGUCUCGGCUCUGCUGGGUGUGUGUCUGGUUCUGGUGGUCUCUCUGUACGUCUUCAUUGAAUUCUUUCUGGACCCGGCCAAACUCCGCACAGACAAACACUUCUGGGUGCAAAAUGAGACCAACGUGUGGUUCGUCUUCCUGCCUCUGGCGCCCGUGAGAGCGGCGUCCGCUGUGAUUCCCUCGCUGGCAGCGAUCACCAUCACGCUCGCUUUGCUGUCGUCUGUGCUGCUCUGCCACCUGCUCUGCUUCCACAUCUACCUCAUGUGGAACAGGCUGAGCACGUACGAGUACAUUGUGCGUCAGCGCCACCGUCAGGACGGCAGACACACGCCAACACCAGCAGACGUCAAACAGACCACCUCUCACUCAGUCGACUUGAAGGAUUCAGACCACUCAAGGACGCUGGGCUACACCGACGCUGAUGUGGGCCGGGAGGAAGUAACCACCACAGUGUCCCUACGGGGGGACGAGUUCAUGGCUACUGGGGGAGUGAGAGGUGUGUCCACUCCUGUUCUGGAACUAGAGGCCCCGCCCACUCUAUCUGGAGAACAUAACACAGGAGAGCACAAACACAGACACACACAGAAGAAGAAGAGGAGGAAGGUCCAUAAACUUCCUGCAGACGUACCCACAGAAAGUCACUGUCCAGCUUCAGCUCCGCCCCCUGGCGCAGCCCCGCCCACAGCCGAGUCCUGCAGCCUGUCCACCGUGUCCUUCGGCCAACGCCUUCCUUUCCCAGCAUUCCCCCUGAGGGCCUCUCUGCCCCCCCUGGCCCCGGCCUCGGCGCCCAUCAUACUGGCCGCCGCCCCACCCGCCGAGUACAACUCCGACUCGGCCGAGUCGUUGGAGGAGAUCCCCGUGGCGUUGGCCAAGCUGGGCUCUUCGUCCUCCGCAGGAGGUGUCCGAGACAGAGGCGCACUCCUGUCCCCCUCCCCUCUGCCCAGGACUAAGAGGAAGCUUGCCCCGUCCCGCUGCAAUAAGAGCGCCGCAGAGUUGAGCUUCAGGACGCCGUCUGCUCAGUCCCCCUCGGUGUUCGUGAGCCAGGCCAGCGGCGUGACCAGACCUUCUUGAGUCAGCAAUGACAUGGCGGCACCUUCCUCGCCACACCCGCACAACCACUUUUUGAUACACCAUCCUCGAGUACGCUUGGGACCAGCAGUGAGCAGGGCGUGUCCUGACAGCUGGAUUGCCACGGUAACCAGGCCAACACAGUUGACCUCACUUCCUGUUUCUUACUGUUUGCCGCAUCGAUGGCGCAAAUGCACCCCCCCCUCACGUGCACGCCACUCACUUCUCAUCGAGCGUGAGAAUCACUAUUUAUUACAAAGGUCACCUCCCCCUUGCUGAUGACCUGCUUGAGUCGUUUGGAUGAAUGCUAGUUAUCUUAGCGUAUGUAAAUGAAGUAUGUAUGCUAGCCUGCAGCAAAGGAGGAGUUAAUGUCCGUGUCCUCACAUCAAAUCAAAAUAAAAGGACAUCUUUUAUCCUUGUUGACUAAAAAGUUGGACUUUGGAUCUCUACAACCUGGAAAUGUUUGCUGAUGACCUUCAAACUAGUUGCCACCAGCAGGCGUGAAUGCUGGGUGUGUUUUCACGAUCGCCCAGCAGGAUGUGACAUCAUCAAUGCAGUUGUUUCACUUAGCGGCUCCAACGUGAUCUAGUCUAGUGUGUGUGUGUGUGUGUGUGUGUGUGUGUGUGUCGUCCCUCCCAUGAUGGGAGGACCGGUUGCCCCAACAACGGGUCAUGACAACAUCCAAACAGUGUCACUGCGAAGGAGUGGCCUUGUGAAGCACGACACAAACACAUGCACAGUGUCGGUUCUGGCCGUGGUCCAGUUCAAUCAUGACUCCUCUGAGCAGCUGCAGCGUUCACAACAACAAAGACCAGAACCACCAGCACUGGCGUCGCUACUGUCUCCUGCUUCCUGUCUGCUGGCUCUGUUCAGUUGUUGUGAUGAUGGAAGUCUGGCCCUUGCAGGUCUCACCAGUCCUGCCCUUGUUGUGGACACGUUGACCAUCCGAGUCAUCGUCUCAAAUGCUUCUCUUUUACCAUGAAAACAAAAAAAAACCUUGUUGACCCCCGACCUUUGCCUUCUUGACUGGGGCGGCGAGAGCCAACCCCGACGUCUCCCGCCCGCAUCCUCCCUCCCCGCCUGUAUGAUGCUGGACAGGAUGUCACCGUGACAACGGGAUAAACACACGACAACAAACCUUCAGCUCAUUUGAGCGAGUGCAAGCAGCAGAGGCAGCAGAAGAAGAGACGGACAAGGCCUCCAGGUGUGGACGGUGUGACCAGCCAAUGAGAUGCUCAGACAGAUAGCAUGAAAAAGUUGCUAGGUGGUUAAAUAAAGUGGUUAAAGUGUGG